AUGGAUCUUAGAAAUGGAAAGGAGAAAGAUAUUGAGGUUGAUAUUGAAAGUGGAUUGCCACUAAUUGAAGAUAACACGAGGAGAAUCUCGAAUUCAAUCACUGCGAAACAAGGGAAAAUGUUAUUUGCUGAGUUUUCCGAUGAGUUGGUUGGAAGUUUUGUUAGAGGUGAAGUAGGGCCGAGUACGUAUUUCAAUGAGUCGAAUUUAAGUGAAGUUUCGUUGGAUGUGAUGAAAGUGAUGAACAAGAUUCCGGCGAAGGAGAAUCGUAAGAAGGCGUCGAAUAAAAAGGCUGCCAAACCUCCAAGACCUCCGAAGGGUCCAUCGUUAGACGAAGCUGAUUAUAAGUUAAUUAGGGAGUUAUCUGAACUUGCGAUGCAGAAGCGUGCAAGGGUGGAGCGGAUGAAAGCGUUGAAGAAAAUGAAGAACGCUAAACCAGCUUCGUCCAAUAGCACCAGCGCGUUGGCCUUGAUUUUCACUGUUCUCUUCUUCAUUGUGAUAAUCAUCCAAGGCAUGUCAUCUGGGAAAAGCUCAGUGGCAAGUUUCCAAGGAUCGCCUAUAUCAGUAGGAGGAGGAGAGAAAGGUCUAAUUUCGGUUCAGUACCAACUCAAUCCAUCAAGCGAUUCAAAUGCACCGGGUUCAGAGUCCCCCAAUUUUGUACAACGAAUAGCAGGUUCAGAUUUGAAUGAAAAACUGAGGAAAGAUUCAGGUUAA